AUGUUUGUGUGUAAAAAGAAGUUGCAAAAAUACAAAAGUUACGCAAAAACAUAGCAAAAUUGUGUAAAAUAACAACAUCAGCAGCAGCAGCAGCAGCAGCAGCGGCAGCAACAACAGCAGCAGCGGCAGUCUCGUGCCACUGUGUGUGUGUGUGCUGUGUGAGUGAGCGUGCGUGCGUGCGUGUGUGUUGUUGUUUGUGCUCUUCUUGGAGCGUACCGGCGGCACAGCAAUGAGCGAAAACAACGGCAGCAGCAGCACGACCAUCACAGCCGCGAAUGGACCGCGCGUCGUUACCAUCUACAAGACGGAAACUGGCUUCGGUUUCAAUGUGCGCGGACAGGUGUCCGAGGGCGGACAAUUGCGUUCUAUUAACGGUGAACUGUACGCUCCGCUGCAGCAUGUUAGCGCUGUGCUGGAGAACGGCGCCGCCGAGAAGGCUGGCAUCAAGAAAGGCGAUCGCAUACUCGAGGUCAAUGGCGUUAGCGUGGAGGGCGCCACACACAAGCAGGUGGUGGAUCUGAUCAAAUCUGGUGGGGAUUGCCUGACCCUGACGGUGAUAUCUGUGACACAGCAGGAGGCCGACAGACUGGAGCCGCAAGAGGAUCAAACCGGCUACUCCUACAUAGACUACUCCGACAAGCGCUCCUUGCCCAUCAGCAUACCCGACUACAGCAUUGUGAAUCGGAAUGGUGAACGUUAUAUUGUCUUCAAUAUCCAUAUGGCCGGACGGCAGCUGUGCUCCCGUCGGUACCGUGAGUUCGCCAAUUUGCAUUCGCUGCUGCGCAAGGAGUUCAGCGGCUUCAACUUUCCGAAGCUGCCCGGCAAAUGGCCAUUCCAGCUGAGCGAACAGCAGCUGGACACACGCCGGCGCGGCCUCGAACAGUAUCUGGAGAAGGUGUGCGCGGUGCGCGUAAUUGCCGAAAGCGAUGCUGUGCAGGAUUUUCUAACCGAUACCGAGGAUGAUAUAUCCGCAUCGCCGGUGGACAUAAAGGUUAUGCUGCCCGAUCAUGAGGUGACCAGUGUUUCGGUUAAGAAAUCGUCCACUGCCCAGGUCGUCUGGGAGAUACUGGUGCAGCGCGCCAAUCUAACAGCCUAUACGCAACAAUAUUUCUAUCUAUUCGAGAUUGUCGAAUACAAUUUCGAGCGCAAGCUACAGCCGCACGAGAUACCGCAUCAGCUCUAUGUGCAGAACUAUAGCACCGCCUCGUCGACAUGCCUCUGUGUGCGGCGUUGGCUCUUCUCGAUCGGCAAGGAGCUGAAGCUGCCCGUUGGCGAGCAGGCGGCACGUUUUAUCUUCUAUCAGGCGGUCGAUGAGGUGAAUCGAGGCAAUAUUCGGGCCGAUGGCCGGCUCUAUGAGCUGAAGGCCUUGCAGGAUGCCAAAAAGGCCAACGAUUAUUUAACACUGGCCCGCACACUGCCCGGUUACGGUGAUGUCGUCUUUCCGCACUGCUCCUGUGAUAGUCGCAAGGAGGGACAUGUUGUGCCCGCCGUCGGAAUAAAAAGCUUUCGGCUCCACGCCUGCCGCGAUGAUGGCUCCCUGGAGGCGCAAAUGGUGGAGCUAACAUGGGAUAGCAUAACGCGCUCCGAGAGCGAUGAGGAGUCCAUGUCAUUUUGCUUUCAGUACAAUCGUCCAGAUAAGCCGGCACGUUGGGUCAAAGUCUAUACGCCAUAUCACGCAUUUCUUGCGGACUGCUUUGAUCGAAUUAUGGAGGAGCGCAAAUGGGAGGACAGCGGCGAUUAGGAAGCAAGAAAGGAAGGAAGCAAGGAAGAUUCGUAAACAUCUCAACAACAUCACAGCGAGCGGCUCAAUGCAAUCUUAGUCACACACACACACACACACACACACACACCUCCACACCUGCACACAUACACACACGCUGAGAAUUGAAAUUUAGCAGGUUACGUUUUUGAAAUUUUGUGUAUUCUUUAAAAAAGUUUCUAUAGCUCUCAAUUGUGUGUCAUUGUGUAUAUAUACAAUAUGUAUUGUCGUGUGCCUGUGCCUGUUCGUGUUUUCGGUUUCCGUUUCCGUUUUGAGUUUAGUUUAAGCAGAAAGUGAGACAAAUAGACCAGGACCAAGAAUGCCUCCGCCAACAUAGCCACAGUCACAGUCACAGUCCAGAGCUCUAUAAAUGAGAAAUAGAAUCUUAUGUUGUAAGUGCUAUAUCUUAUGUAUAUUGUAAUGAAUAUAUAUAUAGAGUAACUAUGAUAUUUGUAAAUUACGCAACGGGGUUUAAACAAGCAACAUUCAAAUAAACAAAAGCUAACAACUAAUGUUAACAGCGGCAACAAAAUGUUUCAAGAUUAUUAACAGCACCUUAGCACAUAGAGAUAGAGAUAGACAGUUUAGUGUUAGAAGAGAAGAGAAAAGUGUUCACAAACACACACAAACACACUCACACACAACACCCAUUAACACACACAAAGCAAAGCACCAAUUAAGCAAAUAUUAGAAGAAAAAAA